GACGCGCUCCGAUUGGCCGGUGCGCACUUUACAACCUUCUCUUGUUUCCAAGCUCCGCAUAAGCAGAGCGCUUUACCUCCCCAAACUCUCACAGGAGACAGACACCAGAGCGGAGCAGCAGCUAAAGAGGACCGCCUGUGUGGACUUUACCAAAAAAAAAAAAAAAAAAAAAAAAAAAACGCGACCCGUUUUUACGCGCGUUGAUCCGUGGCGCACAGCUUGUAUUUCAGUGCGUUUUGACCUGUUCUUGUACAUUCCGUGGGUUGAAGUGAGGUGUUUGGUUCGUGUAUUCGAGUUGCCUUUUUUUUUUUCCUUGCACAAAGAAAGCAUGUCUACUUCUGGACACUUCUGGAGGAUGAUCCGCCUGGUUGUGACAGUGGCUCUGGUGUCAGUGUGCAGUGCGUCAGAGUACGAGUAUCUGAGCUGGAGGUCGGAUAUGUACAACGGAGGGCGCAGCUACGGUAAACCCCCCCAGUGCGUGGACAUCCCCGACGACCUGCGGCUCUGUCACAACGUGGGCUAUACCCAGAUGUUAUUGCCUAACCUGCUGGAACACGAGACCAUGGCGGAGGUGAAGCAGCAGGCCAGCAGUUGGGUACCCCUGGUGCACAAGAACUGCCACCCGGGGACGCAGGUUUUACUCUGCUCCCUGUUUGCCCCCGUGUGUUUGGAGAGGCCCAUUUACCCGUGCCGUUGGCUGUGCGAGGCCGUGCGUGACGGCUGCACCCCCAUCAUGGAGGCUUUCGGCUUCCCGUGGCCGGAGAUGCUCACCUGCGACAAGUUUCCACAGGACGACGUGUGCAUUGCCAUGACGCAGCCCAAUGCCACCGAGUCCACCAGACCCACAGGUUACUCUCCCAUCUGCCCUCCAUGUGACAACGAGAUGCAAACGGACGCCAUGCUGGAGCACAUGUGUGCCAGCGAGUUUGCGUUCAAAGCCAAGAUCAAGGAGGUGAGACGGGAAAACACGGACCGCAAGGUGGUUCUGCAGAAGAGGAAGAAAAUGAUUAAAAUGGGAAACCUAAAGAAGAAGGACUUGAAGAAGCUGGUGUUGUACUUGAAGAACGGCGCGGACUGUCCCUGCCAGCAGCUGGACAACCUGGCCAACCAGUAUUUAAUCAUGGGCCGCAAGGUGGACCAGCAGUACCUGCUCACGGGCAUCCACAAGUGGGACAAGUCCAGCAAAGAGUUCAAAAAGGCCAUCAAGAAACUCAAGACCCACAAAUGUCCCGCCUUCGAGAACGUCUUCAAAUAAUAUGACCUCCCCUGUCAUUGGGUCGUAUCUCAUCCUACGUAUGAACUUGCACAAGCGUUAAAAUCCCAAACUUUGCUUUCUAUUGUCCUGUUUAUAUAUCUAUAUAUCUUUGUAUAUUUACAGAUAUACUUUGAAAUGUCCAUUGUUGAGUUUUAAUUGAAUGUGGUGAGUGAUGACGCCACAAAGUAAAGGGUUGGUUUUCUUUCUCUUCCUUCUUUUGAAAAAAAGGACAUUAUGCUAAAAAAAAAAAAAAAAAAACCCUUCCUCACUGAAAUCAAUUCCAUCGUAUGUGUAGAUACUUUUAUGAUCUUCCAUCUUGCUGCGACAGGUUAGGAGUAGACAUUUCGGGGACUUAUUCACAUUCUUGCUGAGAGUUGGAUAAGAGGAUUGAAACUACUUUCACGUCUGUAUGUUAAAUAUAAAGCUAGAACUGUUGCAUAACUAGCAUGUGGUUAGCUUAGCUUGAAGACAGAAAACCUGCAUAUCCAUUAGGAAAAAAACUACAAGUAGCCCGUUUUUUGUUUUGUUUUGUUUUGGGCAUCAUAUGAUCAAAUAUGAAAUAGCAGCGGUCUCUAUUUUUUGUUAGAAUUGAUCUCUAGCAUGUGGUUAGCUUAGCUUGAAGACAGAAAACCUGCAUAUCCAUUGGAAAAAAAGCUACAAGUAGACAGUUUUUUUGUUGUUUUUUUUUUUUGUUUUUGGCAUAAUAUGAUCAAUCAAAUUUGAAAUAGCACUGGUCGCUAUUUUUUUGUUAGAAAUUAUCUCUAGCAUGUGGUUAGCUUAGCUUGAAGACAGAAAACCUGCAUAUCCACAGGACAAAAAAAAACUACAAGUAGCCAGUUGUUUUUUUCUUUUGUUUUUGGCAUAAUAUGAUCAAUCAAAUUUGAAAUAGUACUGGUCUCUAUUUUUUGUUACAAAUGAUCUCUAGCAUGUGGUUAGCUUAGCUUGAAGACAGAAAACCUGCAUAUCCAUUGGGGAAAAAACUACAAGUAGCCAGUUUUUUUUGUUUGUUUGUUUGUUUGUUUUUGGCAUAAUAUGAUAAAUCAAAUUUGAAAUUGUACUGGUCUCUAUUUUUUGUUAGAAAUGAUCUCUAGCAUGUGAUUAGCUUAGCUUGAAGACAGAAAACCUGCAUAUCCAUUGGAAAAAAAGCUACAAGUAGCCAGUUUUUUUUUUUUUUUUUUUUUUUUUGUUUGUUUGUUUGUUUGUUUUUGGCAUAAUAUGAUCAAUCAAAUUUGAAAUAGCACUGGUCUCUAUUUUUUGUUAGAAAUGAUCUCUAGCAUGUGAUUAGCUUAGCUUGAAGACAGAAAACCUGCAUAUCCAUUGGAAAAAAAGCUACAAGUAGCCAGUUUUUUUUUUGUUUUGUUUUUUUGUUUUUGUUUUGUUUUUGUUUUUUUUUUUUGUUUGUUUGUUUGUUUUUGGCAUAAUAUGAUCAAUCAAAUUUGAAAUAGCACUGGUCUCUAUUUUUUGUUAGAAAUUAUCUCUAGCAUGUGAUUAGCUUAGCUUGAAGACAGAAAACCUGCAUAUCCAUUGGAAAAAAAGCUACAAGUAGCCAGUUUUUUUUUUUUUUUUUUUUGUUUUUUGUUUUUUGUUUGUUUGUUUGUUUGUUUUUGGCAUAAUAUGAUCAAUCAAAUUUGAAAUAGCACUGGUCUCUAUUUUUUGUUAGAAAUUAUCUCUAGCAUGUGAUUAGCUUAGCUUGAAGACAGAAAACCUGCAUAUCCAUUGGAAAAAAAGCUACAAGUAGCCUUUUUUUUUGUUUUGUUUUGUUUUGUUUUGUUUUGUUUUUGGCAUAAUAUGAUCAAUCAAAUUUGAAAUAGCACUGGUUUCUAUUUUUUGUUAGAAAUGAGCUACCUUGUGCUAAAUCUUUCGUACAAAUGACAAAAGUGCUGGUUAGCUGAUGUCUUCAGUGUUAUUUCACAUACAUAUUGGUUUAUUUACUUUUAUACAAUACAUUUAUACAUCUUCCACUAGAAAUAACCUGUAAAGUGACUGUACUGUAAUAUGCAGACAGUGUUUUGAAGUAGAAAACCCAUUUUCUCAUUGUCAGAAUUUCACAUUUUGACCUAAAACUGUACCUUGGAAACUACAUCCAACCAGCAUUUUUUGACUUAAUUUGCUUUAUGAGUGACUCAAACUUGGCAAAGUCAAAAGCAUUUUACUUGUAGACCAGUCUAGUCGAUGUUAGAGAUUCCAGGAGAUGGAUUUUUGUUUCUAAUCUACUCCUACUACAUUUUUAUGCUAGCUUUAGCUUCAUAUUUAACUCGUCCUCUCAUCUAGCCUUUAGCAAGAAAGCAAAUAAGCACAAAAACUUCUACCUAUUCCAAUAAAUCUCUCUAUUUUCUUUGUUUAUUAAUGACCGUCCAAUCAAGGAUUACAGAAUUAGCAGUUGUUGGUAUGUUAAUGCCGCAGAGAGCAGCUUCAGGACGGUUUCCAGUUGAAUAACUUAUUGAGAGACGUAUGAAAGAGCGCUGCCGUCAGAUGAUCGUGCCGUCAAAUGACUGCACUGCAAACUGUUCCUGUUCAUUUCUUCCCUUUUGUUGUUAUAUAGUUCUUUUAUUACUUGAAAGAGAAUCAUAACCACAAAUCUGCAGCGCCACAUAUGGUGUAGGCCUGGCUGGCAGUAUAGUCUGAUUUCAUGCUCAUAUGUGUUUUCCUAUGAUUUCCUCUGAGGAUUUUCUGUUUUGUCUUGAUCCAGUCUAAUUACAGUAAUCAUUGGUAACGGAAAUGCAUUUUAGUUUUAUACAUUUAAAGGUGCAAAAAGUAUCAAAGUGCAAAUAUUGCCAACUCUGUGUUUUGGUUUGUUUUGCUCAGUGUUACUGGUCCGUUUUAGCACUAUUUUCUUUCCUGAUUUGAAUGUCAGCAGUGCAUUGCUGCCUAUUUACGUGUACAUACAAAUUUUACAUAAAUAUUGAAAAAUUAAAAAGGUGUCUGUGAUAUU